AUGAAGGAAAAUGCAUUCCAAGCAAUAGCAGGGUCCAUGCAAACAAGUGUUGAAAAUUGUAAGAAAAAGUGGAAAGCUCUGAAAGAAAAAUAUCAUAGAGAGAAGCAAAAGCUUGAUGUCUUGUCCAGAAGCGGAGCAGCGGCCUUUAAUUUAUUCCAGUGGAAUUUAAUGUCAUUUUUUCAAUUUAUGUAUGACAAGCAACCUCCCCGAAGUCCGCUUAUGUACAAUACUUCUAGCAGUGCUACAGCAUCAUGUUCUCGAACAGUUCAGAAUGCAAUUCAUAGUACACCUACUACGUCUUGCCAGUUGAGGAGUAACAUAGGUUGCAAUAGAACUAAGCCUAUAGCAGUUUUAAAUCGACCAAAUAAACGCAAAAAAACGGAACAACCUGAAUCUGGAGAUUCAUCAGAAGUGGUUAAUAUAUUGAGUCAAAUAUCCAACUCGGUUUCGAAUGUUACUAAUACCAAUAGUGAAUCAAAACAUGAUAAAUUGAGAGACUUUGCAAAUUAUCUAAUAUCAGAGUUAAGGGAAUUUGCAACAGACCAAAGAGAAGAAUUCAUGGACGAGACGGUAAUCAGGUUACUGCAGUCUAAGAGAAAAUAUAAAAAACUCUAG